AGAAUAUUCUGCGAUACGAAAAUUGACAUUGUAUCAAUCAAAACAGCACCAAAUAAAAAUGUACAAGUGGCUACUGAUGACUAUUUUCGUUACAAACGCGCAAAUUGAAGCCCAACAUGCGCUUUUCAAAAGAUAUUUACUAUUCCCUAGGUAUUCCGUAGUGCAGUGCAGCACUGGUUUAACAGUGCCCCUGGUGUUGCCAAGGCGGUCGAUUAAUCUGAGCUUUGCGGCUCAAGCGAACUACGCCAUGCCUUAUAACUUGUCGAAUUUCACGCCUCAGACGAUAGCUGCUCGGGAUAAGGCGUCGUUUUUCUAUAUGGGAAGGAAGACGGUUUACGAGUACAUAGUGAAGUUUUUAGACAGUUUCGGAUUGGACGGCGAGCAGUGCUUGUUCAGGACGAUUUGCGAAAUCGCUGAAACCCCUCUGCAUAUUAAGGACGAGGAGACGUUGCUGGAGAAGUUGGUGCACUUUAUUUUCACGCCUUCCUUGGACGUAUCGCAAGCGAGAAAGGUCACAGAAAGGACCGGGAAAAAGAGGACGUUUUCAGAGAAACUGCUGCUGGCAGAAAAGGUUGGUAAAAAUGAUGGCGAUUGUUCGGAUAUUUAUUCUGAGUGUUUGGUGUCUUUGACGGAUUUAUUUACAAUAAAAU